AGAUGAAGUUGUGAGCCAACGGUUUCCCUUCUCUCUUCUCUGAGGGAUAACUUCUAUAGAUCCAUUUGAUCAAAGACGGAGACAGUGGAUACAUUUGACUGUAAAAUAUCGCCUGUUCGGGUGAGUAGGUCAAUACGGCAAAGAACUCGAAGAUUAUUUUUAGUAGUAUAGUUAUAUUAGAUAAGUCGCAUUCUAUUUCGUACCCAAAGAGGUUAAAUAAGGUGUCUCGAACUCGCGGAUCGCGGGCCACUUGCGGCCCGCAAGACGAUAUUUUGCGGCCCGAUACCUGACAGCAAAGUUCAGUGUUAAUGCGGCCCGCGCGUUUGCCCCAUUCUCAUAUUGCCUGUAAUGUGGCCCUCCGUGACAGUUUCAGUAGAAUCUAACUGACUAGUCUAAUUCUGAUUUUUAUGUUUAUAUAGAUUUAGAUGUUGAAUAAAACCAUUUUUUAAUUUUUUUAAAAAUCGGACUCAAAGGUUUUAUUUAUAGCAUUGUAUGAGCCAAACUUUCGCCAAAGUUAGCAUUUUAUCACAGAUUUUACAGGUUUGCAGACUUUAAAACACACAGAGACACGUUUCACAUUUUUGCUGGCCCUUUCUACACACAGAGACACGUUUAACAUUUUUGCUGGCCUUUCUACCCACAGAGACACGUUUCACAUUUUUGCUGGCCCUUUCUACACACAGAGACACGUUUCACAUUUUUGCUGGCCUUUUCUACACACAGAGACACGUUUCACAUUUUUGCUGGCCCUUUCUACACACAGAGACACGUUUAACAUUUUUGCUGGCCCUUUCUCCCUCAAUGUGGAAGAUACCCAUCCCCGCUAUAUUAUUUUAUUUUUUGCGGUUUAAAUGGAGCUGAUUGAUCUUCAAUGGAAUUCUGAACUCGAUUAUUCUAAGUUCAGGGAGGUGAAUGUAACAACAGACAAGCUUGGACAAAUUAUGAGAACAUUGCCCUCCACCUUCCCGCAAUUCCAGGUUUUUCAAGAAGAUCAAGUCAAAGUUCAGGGUCAAACGCACUGAUGAGCAUCUUCAAGCUAUACUGAGUGUCUCAGUUGCUUCCUCACUCAAGCCCAAUAUUGGUCUCAAGCUAUACUGAGGGUCUCAGUUGCUUCCUAACUCAAGCCCAAUAUUGGUCUCAAGCUAUACUGAGGGUCUCAGUUGCUUCCUAACUCAAACCAAAUGUUGCUCAGCUUUGUAAGAAAAAGCGCUGCCAGGUCUCUCGCAACGAUGAGUAGGAGGAACAAAGUGAAGCCAAGGUCUUGGAGUAACCAUAAUGUUUUUAUUUGUUAUUAAUAAAGGUUGAGCAGAGUGUAACAGUUGUACUUUAUUGAAUUUUUAAUCGUUUUUUGUAUGAUACUUAAUGCGGCCCACUCUCACUCAGUCUUUACCUUCUGCGGCCCCCGGAUGAUUUGAGUUUAGACCCCUGGGUAAAAUCAACUUGAUCCCUAGCUGUAUGUCUAAAUUUUGUCUCUGAUCCCUUGCUGUAUGUCUAAAUCUUGUCUCUGAUCUCUAGUUGUAUGACUAAAUCUUGUCUCGAAUCCCUAGCUUUAUGUCUAAAUCUUGUCUCUGAUCCCUAGCUGUAUGUCUAAAUCAUGUCUCUGAUCCCUAGCUGUAUGUCUAAAUCGUUGAUCCCUAGCUGUAUGUCUAAAUCUUGUCUCUGAUCCUAGCUUUAUGUCUUAAUCUUGUCUCUGAUCCCUAGCUGUAUAUCUAAAUCUUGUCUCUGAUCCCUAGAUGUAUGUCUAAAUCUUGUCUCUGAUCCCUAGCUUUAUGUCUAAAUCUUGUCUCUGAUCCUAGCUUUAUGUCUUAAUCUUGUCUCUGAUCCCUAGCUGUAUGUCUAAAUCUUGUCUCUGAUCCCUAGCUUUAUGUCUAAAUCUUGUCUCUGAUCCCUAGCUGUAUAACUAAAUCUUGUCUCUGAUCCCUAGCUUUAUGUCUAAAUCUUGUCUCUGAUCCAUAGCUGUAUGUCUAAAUCUUGUAUCUGAUCCCUAGCUGUAUAUCUAAAUCUUGUCUCUGAUCCCUAGCUGUAUGUCUAAAUCUUGUCUCUGAUCCCUAGCUGUAUGUCUAAAUCUUGUCUCUGAUCCUAGCUUUAUGUCUAAAUCUUGUCUCUGAUCCUAGCUUUAUGUCUUAAUCUUGUCUCUGAUCCCUAGCUGUAUAUCUAAAUCUUGUCUCUGAUCCCUAGAUGUAUGUCUAAAUCUUGUCUCUGAUCCAUAGCUUUAUGUCUAAAUCUUUUCUCUGAUCCAAAGCUUUAUGUCCACAUCUUGUCUCUGAUCCCUAGCUGUAUGUCAAAAUCUUGUCUCUGAUCCCUAGCUGUAUGUCUAAAUCUUGUCUCUGGUCCUAGCUUUGUGUCUAAAUCUUGUCUCUGAUCAAUAGCUGUAUGUCUAAAUCUUGUCUCUGAUCCCUAGCUGUAUAUCUAAAUCUUGUCUCUGAUCCCUAGCUGUAUGUCUAAAUCUUGUCUCUGAUCCAAAGCUUUAUGUCAAAAUAUUGUCUCUGAUCCCUAGCUGUAUAUCUAAAUCUUGUCUCUGAUCCCUAAAUGUAUGUCUAAAUCUUGUCUCUGAUCCCUAGCUUUAUGUCUAAAUCUUGUCUCUGAUCCUAGCUUUAUGUCUUAAUCUUGUCUCUGAUCCCUAGCUGUAUGUCUAAAUCUUGUCUCUGAUCCCUAGCUGUAUGUCUAAAUCUUGUCUCUGAUCCCUAGCUGUAUGUCUAAAUCUUGUCUCUGAUCCUAGCUUUAUGUCAUAAUCUUGUCUCUGAUCCCUAGUUGUAUGUCUAAAUCUUGUCUCUGAUCCCUAGCUGUAUGUCUAAAUCUUGUCUCUGAUCCCCAGCUGCACAUCUAAAUCUUGUCUCUGAUCCUAGCUUUAUGUCUUAAUCUUGUCUCUGAUCCCUAGUUGUAUGUCUAAAUCUUGACUGUGAUCCCUAGCUGUAUGUCUAAAUCUUGUCUCUGAUCCCUAGCUGUAUGUCUAAAUCUUGUCUCUGAUCCCUAGCUGUAAGUCUAAAUCUUGUCUCUGAUCCUAGCUUUAUGUCUUAAUCUUGUCUCUGAUCCCUAGUUGUAUGUCUAAAUCUUGACUCUGAUCCCUAGCUGUAUGUCUAAAUCUUGUCUCUGAUCCCUAGCUGUAUGUCUAAAUUUGUCUCUGAUCCCUAGCUGCAUGUCUAAAUCUUGUCUCUGAUCCCUAGCUGUAUGUCUAAAUCUUGUCUCUGAUCCUAGCUUUAUGUCUAUAUCUUGUCUCUGAUCCUAGCUUUAUGUCCAAAUCUUGUCUCUGAUCCCUAGCUGUAUGUCAAAAUCUUGUCUCUGAUCCCUAGCUGUAUGUCUAAAUCUUGUCUCUGGUCCUUGCUUUAUGUCUAAAUCUUGUCUCUGAUCCCUAGCAGUUUGUCAAAAUCUUGUUUCUGUUCCUUUUAUGUCCAAAUCUUGUCUCUGAUCCCUAGCUGUAUGUCAAAAUCUUGUCUCUGAUCCCUAGCUGUAUGUCUAAAUCUUGUCUCUGGUCCUAGCUUUAUGUCUAAAUCUUGUCUCUGAUCCCUAGCUGUAUGUCAAAAUCUUGUCUCUGAUCCCUAGCUGUAUGUCAAAAAUGUUGUCUCUGAUCCCCAGCUGUAUGUCUAAACCUUGUCUCUGAUCCCUAGCUUUAUGUCUAAAUCUUGUCGCUGAUCCCUAGCUGUAUGUCUAUAUCUUAUCUCUGAUCCCUAGCUGUAUGUCUAAACCUUGAAUCUGAUCCCUAGCUUUAUGUCUAAAUCUUGUCUCUGAUCCCUAGCUGUAUGUCUAAAUCUUGUCUCUGAUCCCUAGCUGUAUGUCUAAAUCUUGUCUCUGAUCCCUAGCUGUAUGUCUAAAUCGUUGAUCCCUAGCUGUAUGUCUAAAUCUUGUCUCUGAUCCUAGCUUUAUGUCUUAAUCUUGUCUCUGAUCCCUAGUUGUAUUUUUAAAUCUUGUCUCUGAUGCCUAGCUGUAUGUCUAAAUCUUGUCUGUGAUCCCCAGCUGUAUGUCUAAACCUUGUCUCUGAUCCCUAGCUUUAUGUCUAAAUCUUGUCUCUGAUCUCUAGCUGUAUGUCUAUAUCUUGUCUCUGAUCCCUAGCUGUAUGUCUAAACCUUGAAUCUGAUCCCUAGCUUUAUGUUUAAAUCUUGUCUCUGAUCCUAGCUUUAUGUCUAAAUCUUGUCUCUGAUUCCUAGCUGUAUGUCUAAAUCUUGUCUCUGAUUCCCAGCUGUAUGUCUAAACCUUGUCUCUGAUCCCUAGCUUUAUGUCUAAAUCUUGUCGCUGAUCCCUAGCUGUAUGUCUAAACCUUGAUUCUGAUCCCUAGCUGUAUGUCUAAAUCUUGUCUCUGAUCCCUAGCUUUAUGUCUAAUUCUUGUCUCUGAUCCAUAGCUUUAUGUCUAAAUCUUUUCUCUGAUCCAAAGCUUUAUGUCCACAUCUUGUCUCUGAUCCAUAGCUGUAUGUCUAAAUCUUGUCUCUGAUCCCUAGCUGUAUAUCUAAAUCUUGUCUCUGAUCCCUAGCUGUAUGUCAAAAUCUUGUCUCUGAUCCCUAGCUUUAUGUCCAAAUCUUGUCUCUGAUCCUAGCUUUAUGUCUUUAUCUUGUCUCUGAUCCCUAGCUGUAUGUCUAAAUCUUGUCUCUGAUCCCUAGCUGUAUGUCUAAAUCUUGUCUCUGAUCCCUAGCUGUAUGUCUUAAUCUUGUCUCUGAUCCCUAGCUGUAUGUCUAAAUCUUGUCUCUGAUCCCUAGCUGUAUAUCUAAAUCUUGUCUCUGAUCCCUAGCUUUAUGUCUUAAUCUUGUCUCUGAUCCCUAGCUGUAUGUCUAAAUCUUGUCUCUGAUCCCUAGCUGUAUGUCUAAAUCUUGUCUCUGAUCCCUAGCUGUAUGUCUAAAUCUUGUCUCUGAUCCCUAGCUGUAUGUCUAAAUCUUUUCUCUGAUCCUAGCUUUAUGUCUUAAUCUUGACUCUGAUCCCUAGUUGUAUGUCUAAAUCUUGACUCUGAUCCCUAGCUGUAUGUCUAAAUCUUGUCUCUGAUCCCUAGCUGUAUGUCUAAAUCUUGUCUCUGAUCCCUAGCUGUAUGUCAAAAGCUUGUCUCUGAUCCCUAGCUGUAUGUCUAAAUCUUGUCUCUGGUCCUAGCUUUAUAUCUAAAUCUUGUCUCUGAUCCCUAGCUGUAUGUCAAAAUCUUGUCUCUGAUCCCUAGCUGUAUGUCUAAAUCUUGUCUCUGGUCAUAGCUUUGUGUCUAAAUCUUGUCUCUGAUCCAUAGCUGUAUGUCUAAAUCUUGUCUCUGAUCCCCAGCUGUAUGUCUAAACCUUGUCUCUGAUCCCUAGCUUUAUGUCUAAAUCUUGUCGCUGAUCCCUAGCUGUAUGUCUAUAUCUUGUCUCUGAUCCCUAGCUGUAUGUUUAAACCUUGACUCUGAUCCCUAGCUGUAUGUCUAAACCUUGACUCUGAUCCCUAGCAGUAUGUCUAAAUCUUGUCUCUGAUCCCUAGCUGUAUAUCUAAAUCUUGUCUCUGAUCCCUAGCUGUAUGUUUAAAUCUUGUCUCUGAUCCAUAGCUUUAUGUCUAAAUCUUUUCUCUGAUCCAAAGCUUUAUGUCCAAAUCUUGUCUCUGAUCCCAAGAUGUAUGUCUAAACCUUGACUCCGAUCCCUAGCUGUAUGUCUAAAUCUUGUCUCUGAUCCCUAGCUUCAUAUCUAAAUCUUGUCUCUGAUCCCUAGCUGUACGUCUAAACCUUUUCACUGAUCCCCAGCUGUAUGUCAAAAUCUUAAAAUUGUCUCUGAUCCCUAGCUUUAUGUCUUAGUAUUGUCGCUUGUCCCUAGCUGUAUGUCCAAACUUGUCUCUGAUCCCCAGCUGUACGUCAAAAUCUUAAAAUUGUCUCUGAUCCUUAGCUUUAUGUCUUAGUAUUGUCGCUUGUCCCUAGCUGUAUGUCCAAACUUGUCUCUGAUCCCCAGCUGUACGUCAAAAUCUUAAAAUUGUAUCUGAUCCCUAGCUUUGUGUCUUAGUAUUGUCGCUUGUCCAUAGCUGUAUGUCGAAACCUUGUCUCUGAUCCCUAGCUGUAUGUCUAAACCUUGUCUCACCAAAUUUCAAGACAACAUGCAAAUUCUUAUGGUUUAAUCUCCGCAUGAGUGGCUCAACCACUGGUGUAGGAUGGGUGGGGCAGAGGGGCUGGUCAGUCCCGGUGAUGCGCUUUUUCUAUACAUCGAUGAGCGGCAUUUUCUGGUGGCUGCAGAGUAUUUUGUGGGGGGGGGCGAAAAAUCUUUGCCCUCCCCGGGUGGCACUAGCCCCCACUUCAUCACUGUGCUUUUAAAAGAUAAAUCUUUAUUAGCCUCUUAAACCAACAAAAACUAACAUAAAUAAACACAUAUUCCUAAACCGGAGGAAUCGAAUAUAUAUGGGAAUCGAACCCUCUACUUGAAGUCAGGCUUCAGUAACAACUUAAAUUCGGGUUUGCUUCGGUAACAAAAAUAAGAGUUUCUCAUUUCCUGGAAGACAGGCAUUGAUUGAGUUUUCUUCCAGCUGGGAUUUCCCGGGAAAUCCUGGGAAUGAAACUGUAAAAGAAUUCAAUUGAUUCCAGUUGUUUAAUAGUUAUUGUCUAUUAAUGAAUUACAAACAACUUUAAGGUUAGUUGACAGGUUGGUCACAUGCUACAAGUUCCUUCAGUUUCCACGGCUUAUCCCUAGUCUAUGGAUUACAAGCUACUAAUAAAUUUUCAAUAAAAUUGUUGAAAGCUUUAAUGUUGAUACAUCAAUGAUGGUAUCAAAGUAAGCUAUCCACUUAAUUGACCCCGUUCGUGGUAAUGGAAAUACCUGAAAUGUAAUAUAUUUCCGUGCUUUGGUUCUAUACAAUGAGCAUCAAUUUUCUUGCUGUAAAAAAAUCAACAUCAAUUUCUUGUGUGUAUACAAUCAAAAUUAUUUUCUUGUCGCUUAUAAUCAGCAUUAAUUCUCUUUUUUUUGGUAUAAAAUCAUCAUCAAUUUUUCAUGUUGAUUUAGAACAUAGAUCUUUUGCUUAGCGCACGUUGGUAUCAUAUAUAACAUAAAACUGAACAGAAAAAGAAUGUCUUUGUAUAACGGCCUGGGGCUCUGUGUCCAACGCCGGACUUAUGUAACAUUGACCUUCAGUUCUCCCUUCUUGAUUGCCAUACAAAAUACACCAGGCCACACCGUACAACCAAUGGCGCAUGCACUAAUCGAUAUGUACGUACCAAAGUCUACCUGUUCUAGCAUAUCACACCCAAUGUCAAUGGAUCAGACAUUGGCUGCGGCUUAACAAUAAUUUAUUGAAACAAGGAUUUCAGUGACAAGUCUGUAGCGUCCAGCCUUUUUAAAAUAGAUCAUUAUUGUUCAAUGUAUUUUACCUAGACUUAACUUUUUACCUCCGAAAUAACCCCAUCAGUCAACGAUGUCAUUUGCGUUGAUGUAACCCCCCUCCCCCAUAAACAAACGCAGAUUCAAAUGUUAAAAUAGCACUUGACCUACUUAUUUCAACCAAACUGUAUCUCAAAGACAAAAAGCUAAACGCUGUGUUCAGAUAUUACACCGCAAGAGUGCAUGUAUACUCCAGGAGCCACUUUUAUUUUUUUUUACUGGGACCGUGGUGGGUUCUCCACCCAUGUUCUACUCCAUAUAAUUAUAAAAUGUGACGUAUUAUUCUCCAAUCGAUUCGUUUAAAAUAGUGGCCAUUGAAUAUGUGUUUCACAGUGGCCCUUGAAUACGUGUUCCACAGUGGUCCUUGAAUACGUGUUCCACAGUGGUCCUUGAAAAUGUGUUUCACAGUGUUCCUUGAAAAUGUCCUCCACAGGGGUCCUUGACAAAAUCCUCCACAGUGGUCCUUGGAUAUGCCCUUCACAGUGGUCCUUGGAUAUGUCCUCCACAGGGGUCCUUGAAUAUUUCCUCCACAGUGGUCCUUGAAUAUAUCCUCCAUAUUAUAAUUUGCAAGGUAGUGGAAGUAUUUUAAGAGAAGAUAACCAGUGAGGCAUUGCACCGCUGUUUCAGCUUUGAAAUGUUCAAUCAGGUGGUUAUUGGGGAGUGAACUCUAAAUUUAGUCAGGUGGCUAUUGGGGAGAGAACUCUAUAUUUAGUCAGCUGGCCAUUGGGGAGAGAACUCUAUAUUUAGUCAGGUGGCUAUUGGGGAAAGAACUCUAAAACGAAAACCCAUAUGGUCAAUGAAAGCUUGUCUUCUGGCACUGUUCCCUCUAUUUGCAAGUCAGCUGUCAUCACACCAUUGCUUAAGAAGCCUGGUCUGGAUGAAAAUAAUUUUUUUAAACUAUAUACCAGUAUCUAAUUUAUCAUUUUUAUCUAAAGUCAUUGAAAAACUAGUUCUAAAACAACGUUUUGCUUACUUAAACGACCCCUCUCUUCUCAGUCCUAAUCAGUCGGCUUAUAGACCUUUCCAUAUUACUGAGACGGCUCUCUUGAGAGUCACCAAUGACCUCUUGCUCGCAUUGGACAGCGGUGAUAUCUCCAUCCUGAUCCUCUUAGACCUCAGUGCGCCCUUUGACACUGUUGACCAUGAAACCCUUUACACAACCCCUGAAAAUUACUUAAGAAUUUUUGGUUCAGUUUUGGCUUGGUUUAGGUCCUAGCUUUCCGAUAGAAUAGAGGCCGUCGCUGUCGAUGGAUGUCUCUCCGGCAGUGCUGACUUGGUGUACGGAGUGCCACAGGGGUCCGUUGUGGGCCCGGUUCUAUUUACAUUGUAUACCAGGCCACUGCCCCUCUUGCCUGGGAGGCAUGCUGUUGAGAACCAGUCAUUUGCAGAUGAAACGCAGCUAUACAAACAUACCCAUCCUUCUCUUGUCGAUUCCACUGUCCGGACUUUGCGGGAAAACAUUGGUGAUGUCAAAACAUGGAUGACACUCAGCAAGUUAAAGCUUAACGAUGACAAAACGGAAGCACUCUUUAUUCACGAUCACAAAUCAUCCUCUUAAUCAGCUCUCCUAAAUUCAUUUCAAGUAGGUAACUCCGACAUACGGUUUACAUCCUCCGCUAGGAAUCUUGGUUAUAUUCUGUCCAACAACAUGUCUCUGGAUAAUCAUAUCUCUCACAUUUGUCGCUCUGCAUACACCGCUAUCCGUCAGAUCAGCUCCAGCCACCACUUCCUCACAGUUAGCGCAACAAAAACCCCUAGUCUAUGCUCUUGUUCUCUCUCGUCUUGACUAUUGCAACUCUCUUCUUUCAGGUUCAUCCAAACACGUCUUAGAAAAAAUACAAAAGGUUAAAACUCACUUUCCAGGCUAGUUCUAAAGGCAACGAAAAAGAACGUGAUCAAGUCACACCACUACUUCAUUCACUUCAUUGGCUCCCUGUACAAGCACUGAUUGACUACAAACCCUCGGUUCUCUGCCAUAACUUUUUCUCGAAUCCCUGCCCUUCCUAUCUAACCGAACUUUUCUGUCUAUUCAUCCCUUUGACAGCUUCGCACCUCUGCAGACGCGCGUAUUCUUUCUGUUCCCAAGACACGCACAAAAACAUAUGGUGAACGAUCUUUCUCUUUCUGUGCCUCCCAAACAAUGGAAUUCUCUUCCGCUACACACCUGCAAUAUACCGACCAACACAGCCUUCAAAACGGCACUCAAGACACAUCUCUUUAAACUCUACUAUCCUGACUGAUUUCCCCCUCUGACCAAUAAACGAUGCUACUGGGUAGCUGUCCAUGGCUUGGCUUGUAAAUAGUUCAUGAAUGUGUGGAGUGAAUAUGCAUUUGUUUUUUUAAAAUUUAUUUCAUGUAUGUUAGUUUUAAAGUUCAUGAUUAUGUUUGUUAGAUUGUAUGUACAGCGUGGUGAGCCCAGCCCUAUGCUGGGAUACCACGCUAUAUAAAACCACUAAUAAUAAUAAUUAUAAUAAUAUUCAGACAGGUGGCUUUUGGGGAGAGAAAUCCAUGUCAGUCAGAUGGCUUUUGGGGAUAGAAAGCUAUUUUCAGUCAGAUGGUUAUUGGGGAGAGAACUCUAUAUGGCUUUUGGGAAGAGGACUCUAAAUGGCUAUUGGGGAGAGAACUCUAUAUUCAAAGUCACGUGGGCAUUGGGGAGAGAACUCUUGAUUCAGUCAAGUGGCUAUUUGGGAGAAAACUCUACAUACAUUCAUUCACUCGUUUUCCAGAGAUAGUAAGAGAUUAAUGAAGUAACAUCCAGAGUACGCUCCCUUUCCCAUGAGCAUUGCAGCCCAUGUACCUGGCUUUGAAAUUUUGAACGAUUGGCCAAUGGCUUCACGGGUGAUUGAAGGAGCGGUGUCUCGUAACGGGACUUUAGCUUACUAUGCGGUACUAAUUAAGUUUUUUUGAAAAUGUUUGUUAAUUCCACACAAAAAAUUAACAUAUGUAAAAAAAUAUGCAGAGGAGUCAGAAUAAUCAAUACAUUGAUCGUGGGCCCUCCCAAAUAUAGAAGGAGAAGAAAAAUUCCUCUUAGAAAACGAAGUCGUUCAAACAUUGAUGGCUUGAUACAAUGCAGAAGAGAGAGACAUGAUACAAACGUAAAGGAAAUCGUGCGAUAAGAAGAUUUCCAACUCAAGCAGUAAUUGCAUAACGUGACAAGUACAACAGACGAUGAAACACACACACACACACACACUGUUAUGUAUGACACUUUCCCCGUGCGUGAACUUUGCUUGACCCCAAAUUAGAUUCCUGGCACACGCUACGUUCAUAGAUGGGCGUGGCCUAUUCUUUUCAUGUUACCGUGUUUUCUUCCGACAGCAACUAAAAAUAAUUAACAUGUUCUCAAUAGUAUUUUGUAGAAUGUUCGCGAUUGUAUUAGAAAAGUAAAGACAUUUCUAGAAGCGUUGGUUGUACCGACGCAUAGAUAUAAAAAGGGGAUUCAGAGAUUGAAGGGCAGAGAUUCAGAUAGAUAUUUUUAACUUCACGAGACGUGUAUUAUUCUUUGUGUGCUCAUAGGUGUUUAUUCGCAUUCAUCAUUCAUCAUUAUUAAUUGGCACAUUGUAGGCCUACUUAUUGUGGACCGGGACAAGAUUUCCCAAUACUCUGUAAGUUGAUGGUUUGUAAUUAUAUUUCUUUAGUUUUGUAAUUGUAUUAUUGCCAAAUUAAAUCUUACUAAUUUUAAUUGGCAACUGUUUUUUUCGUGUCGUAACUUUAUUAUUGUAUUUCUCUAUGGUAUCGUCCUUUGUUGUGCACUGUGUGAAUGAGCCAUAAAUUUAAAAUACGAGAAGGCAGUGCGUAACACACACACACAAACACACACACACACACACACACAAACACACGAUGAUACGCGACAUGGAGGUUUUUUUCGGUGGGGGGGGGGAAUACAAAAUAAUUCUGUAAUAGUUAUCUUAAUAUGGCUGUUGUAUUUAAAUUAAGAAGGCCUGGAAUAAGAUUGUAUUUACAAGUUGGGAGAUAACACACACACACACACACACACAAACACACGAUGAUACGCGACAUGGAGGUUUUUUUCGGUGGGGGGGGGGAAUACAAAAUAAUUCUGUAAUAUUUAUCUUAAUAUGGCUGUUGUAUUUAAAUUAAGAAGGCCUGGAAUAAGAUUGUAUUUACAAGUUGGGAGAUAAUGGACAAGAAAAUAGUGUUUAAAAAAACCCAACAAACUAAACACAUGUGUUUGAAAUGGGAUUCGAACCCACGACUUCCCAUCGCCCAAUGAGUUGGCCAAAACCUGAUACUAAAUUUAGAAAUAUUGCGAUAAACUUACUGCGGCUUAAUGUUAGUGCAUCUGGGACAAUGGUAGACCUGUGUUUCCUGUUUACGUCCAAAACUUGAGAUAUUAUGUUCUUACAGCUUUAAAUUCGUUAUCAAUUCCUGACGUUUUCAUAAAUUUGUAUUGUUUUCAAUUUGUAAGUUCCACAAAUAACUUGAUGCUUAAAGAUACAAUUUUACAAUAAGAUAAGAUAAGAUAAGAUACUUUUAUUGAUCCAAAUAAAUGGAAAUGUUUUUUUUUUAUUGCACUAUACAUUUUAAGCACAAAAAUAAAACAAUUUGAACACAAGUCAUUUAUAAUAAAUUAUUUCAAUUUUCAAACAGCCAUUCAGUGAGUUCUCUUAGCAAAAUCGGGGACUUAUUUGUUCUCAUUCAGAUGUGUGACUUCAGAGGAAGCACGCCGGUAAAUUCGUACAGAUUGGGGAACAAAAGAAUUUUUAUAUCUGUCAGUCUUCGCCCUGAUGGAAAGAAUUCGCCCCGAACGGCCCGAUCCUAAAUAUCUGUGAUGAAGAGGGUGGGAUGUAUCAUCCAAAAUGUGUUUAGUUUUGCAAAAAAUAUUUUUCUUCAAAUAGUUCUUCAAGUGAUAUAUGUUUAGUUUGUGUCAUGUUCCUAGCUUUCUUGAUUAGUCGGUUUAUGCGGUGUUUAAUAUCAGACGUUGAAUUCCCACACCAGCAGGUAAUACUGAAAUUAAGGAGGCUUCCAAUAGUUGCCCUGUAGAAUGAGUUAACGAUUUCGUGACGUCAUCACGAGUUUAUACCUUAGUCGGCACAGAGUUGUCUGAGUCGGCAUCGAGUUGUCUGAGUCGGCAACGCGUUGUCUCAUUCAGUGUGUUGUCUGAGUCGGCAUAGAGUUGUCUCAGUCGGCAUAGAGUUGUCUGAGUCGGCAUAGAGUUGUCUGAGUCGGCAUAGAGUUGUCUGAGUCGGCAUAGAGUUGUCUGAGUCGGCAUAGAGUUGUCUGAGUCGGCAUAGAGUUGUCUCAGUCGGCAUAGAGUUGUCUCAGUCGGCAUAGAGUUGUCUCAGUCGGCAUAGAGUUGUCUGAGUCGGCAUAGAGUUGUCUAGGACCAAACACUGGUAAAGAUGGUAAAGAUGGUAAAUGAUUGUCAUCAGCAUUUCUUGAUUCUCAAAGUGAUAAACUAAAUUAUGUCUCAAUGGGAAUCAAUGUUCUAUCUCCAUGGUAAACUAUAUUCUACUUAAUGAUAAACUAUAGCUCAUCUUAAUGAUAAACUAUAUUCUACUUAACGAUAAACUAUAGCUCAUCUUAAUGGUAAACUAUAUUUUAUCUUAAUGAUAAACUAUAGCUCAUCUUAAUGGUAAACUAUAUUUUAUCUUAAUGAUAAACUAUAGCUCAUCUUAAUGGUAAACUAUAUUUUAUCUUAAUGAUAAACUAUAGCCCAUCUUAAUGGUAAACUAUAUUCUAUCUUUAUUCUUAAUGGUAAACUAUAGCCCAUCUUAAUGAUAAACUAUAGCCUUUCUUUUGGCUCGAAGCCUAACAAAUUUUGACACUUUAGUGAUAUAUCGAGCUAUACGUCCAUAAAUAAUGAAAACACAUUUUCUCCACAAUUCGAACAAUCCUAUUAAAUCGCAAACAUUUUUAAACAACAAACCAUCAUUGUUUUAAUGUAUUGUGUCUGCUAAAAGCCUUCCUCGGCAAAAAAUAUAAUAAUUAAAAAAAAAAUUUUUUUUUAAAUAUAAAAAAAUGGACAAGUAGGCUCUACAUUUGAUGAAGACACAAAGUAACACCAAGGGACAUAAACCUUUUCUUAAAAAAGUAAAGAAGCGAUACACCAAUUUAUUUCGUUUUGACGUGUCACAUUAAAAAUAAUAAAAUCUUUCAUGCAUAGUUUCAUUUUUUUGACGACAAAAUGUCUCAAAAUGGCCACACUUCGAAGCUGCGAGCGGAAUAAUAGUAAAAAGCUUGGUGAUCUCAAGAAGUCAAUGGCCUUACUCUCCAACACCCCCACCCACUUUCUUAAAAGAAAAACAAAAAUGUCAACAAAUGCGUACUUUAAAAAAAGAAACCUAUUCCCAGCUUCAAUUUCGUUCAUGACCAGUGGCGUAGCGAGGCAGGUGCGUGGGGUGCGGCCCGCACCGGGUGACACCAACCCUAGCUACGCCACUGUUCAUGACCAAAUUGUUUCAAUUAUUUUAUCAUUAUAGACCACACUUCUUUAAACGUUGGAGAACAUUCGAAGACAGGAAGGUGGGUGUUGCAUUGACAUCAGCUACUGACAUCAUUUUUGAGCAAACUCGUGAGUAGUAUUCAUAACUAAUCAUGGUCUUCGUUGACUUUGGGAAAGCUUUCAACAAACUACGCUGGGGCUGCUUUUGUAAGAUCGGUAUCUCCGAUAAAAUGACCAUUAAUAAUAAAAUUGCUCUUGAUAAAUUUGAAUAUAGAGAUCUUAACAAUAGCCAAAAUGAGCGAAUUUGCAAAUGAGUUAACACCAGAAGGCGCUAGCUAUGGGUAAUAAUUAAAGGACUGCGUUCAAGUUAAGUAAAUGAAAUAGCUAUGGGUAAAUUGGCUAUGCAGCAGCGUUUCACAUUUUUGUUUUCCAUGGCUGAUACUUGUUUUUUUGUAUGCUUAUGCUUCGUGGCCUAUUAAAAUCGUAUAUCAGUAGAAUAUAUGACCCGAUAUACCUGGAUAAUAAUGGAAGACAUAUUGCACUAGUCUCCCCCUUUUCUUGCAAAGUCUCAACAUCUAAAUAUUCAAUUUUUUUUUUUUUUACUAAUGUAACGGAAUCGGGUUUUGUUGUGCUGUAGUAAAAUAUCAAUAACAACAACAAAGUCAACGCAUUUGAACAGGAAGAUUUAGGAAAUAAUAAAAUUAGACUCUUUUUAUUUGGAAAGACAGAGCUAUAUAUAGAUAUGUACUUUUCUCACAUCAUUUGGUUUUGUGAAUUUUUCCUUCUAUAUCAUUAGGCCAAACCAACCCAUUUACAUAUAAUUAUAACUAUUUAUUGUAUUUAAAUUGAUUCGCUUUGUAUAAAAUAAAACAUAAAUGUGUAUAAUUAUUUGUAAGAAAUCCCUUUGGCGCAGACAUUUUAGUUUUCGCGGCUCUUGAACACACAUUUACGCGCUGCUGGUCGCACUUAUAGGGAAUUUUUUCUAUUGUGUGCUAUUGAAAACGUUACAUGGUCGGCCUAGCUCAGUGGUCGGCAAACUCAUUAGUCAAAAGAGCCCAAAAUCAACAGCAGGACGAUUAAACAAAAUUUGAGAGCCAAAUUUCUUUUCAAGAACUUUUCUAGAUCCAUGUUUUUCGGAGUCAAACCGAUUUGUGACAGACUGGUCCAGCCACGAUUUGCCGACCACUAAUAAAUGUCAAUACUCUUUGGGUCGAGAUUUAUUCUCUUAUGACCCUGGCCAUGAUUUCUGCGGCUCGCCUCAUCUGCUGGGCGUCACCGUAAAGAUAAUCAUGAAGGCAGGCUUCAAGGUCCCUCCCGUCAGCCCCCAUCCCACUACACGGACACGUGAUCACAAAGUGAGCCACCGUCUCCUCGGCUUGACCGCAAAGACGGCAGCUUGGUUCACUUCUGUUGUCCAAUCUGUGGAGAUAGCUGCGUGUCGCGCAGUGUCCCGUCCUCAUCAGUGUGAUAAGGCUCUGUUCUCCUCUUUUAAGUUCCCACCAGGGGUCGCUCUUGCUUGGCCGUUGCAUUUUCCGUUGCAGCUGUCGCCCAGUAGCCCCGGUGUCCGAACAUCUGUGCCAUUGGUUCCUAAAAUGGUCUUUUAACCAAGUGAUGACUCCCAGCUGAGUCAUAGGUUUGUCUGGUUGAGGUUGAGCCUCUUUGGCUAAGAAAUCCGCCCUGUCAUGAAGCGACGCCUCUGAGCGCGAAGCGAUAAACUAUAAGAUUACCUUAGCGCCUUUUGCAUGGAUUCUGCCUCCUGUUUCCAGAAUGGUAGUGACCAUCGCGGUCUCCGUCGAGCCCACACCCACAUGCUCGCAAGCUGAGCGUGAUUCGGUGAAGACCACUACGUCCGGGAAAUUUUUUCUCUUUGGUGGACCCUUUUCAGAGCAACCAGUAUAGCCUCGAUAUAAGCAUCAAGGCUCGUUCUAUUUCCUCCGCUUGGGCCAGAUAGCUCCUCAGGUGUGGCUAUCUCUAAGGGAUACUGGAUAAGGACACCAUAGCCACUGCGCUCCCCCCCCCCCCCCCCCCCCGCAAAACAUGAGCCGUCUGUGAAGACUUUGACCAGGCUGUCCGGGUAAGCGUUAAUAGUUUUCCGCACAGCCUCUGGUUGAGGACUGGCUUUGUUGGCUUCUGCGGUUGUCAUGUCAAGUCGUAUGUCUGGUCGGGUUAGGCUUUUGUGAGGGCCCCGUGCUGGGAUCACCUUCACUUUUUCCAUGUUUCCGGGUAAAAUUACGUCUUCCUCGAGACUGUGCACCUUGUCCAUGAAGGAUGGUCUCUUCAAUGUGGACUUUUUAACCCAAUUGUUCUGAAGUUGGAAACAGGGCUCUUCUCUGUCCAUUCUUCGGUAUUGUUCAAUCGUCGUUAGGACCGCCUUUUCCCGCCUGACUUCGAGCGGUUCAACGUUUGACAGGACUUCCACUGCCGAUGUGGGUGUCGUGCGUAUCGCCCCGCAUACAAACCUGAGAGCGCGGUUUUGGAUGCGAUCCAGCUCUUCCAGAGCCGUGCGGCUCGCGAAGGUCUGAACGGGUAAGCUAUAGUCCAAAGCCCCUCUCACGCAACUGAGGUAAAGUGAUCUUAGUAGUCUUGCGUCAGCGCCUCAGUUCGUGCAAGCAAGCUUUUUCACCAGUUCUAAUUUUUGUGAAGUUAUAGUGUACAGUUCGCGUAUAUGGUUGUGAAGCUGAAGUUUUUGGUCCAACUUUACGCCCACACACACAGGUGUCAUGUCCCAUACCAAUUCUUUUCCGUUAAUGGAGAGCUUUGUUUCGACUUUAAGCGCCUUCCUUCCGUUUGUGAACUUGGAGUAAACCAUCUUGUCCGUGCUAACGACCAUUUUCCACUGUCUCGCACAGGCUUAGAUUCUAUGCAGGUCGUUUUGAGGCCGGUUCUGCAAGUGUUGGAUGUCCUUUCCCGAGCUCCAAAUUACUAGAUCAUCUGCGAACAUCGCGUUCUCGGAUACUAAUUCCUCUUGCAAGUCAUACACGUACUCUAGGAACAGGGUGCAGCUGAGGGCGGACCCUUGCGGGAUUCCGUCCUCCAGAGCUAGCUGACCUGAUAAACUACUGCUAACCCACGUGGCAAUGGUCCUGUUCCGGAGGAAGUCCGUCACCCAUGCGGACAUGUUACCAGAAAUCCCGAGCUUCUGGAACUUAUACAUGAGGCCCGUGCGCCAUACCCGGUCGUACACUUCAUUGAGGUCAAAGAAAACUGCAACCGUGUGAUUUUUCUUUUGGAGCUCAUUGGUCAUUGAUUUGACAAGACGGAUCACCUGGUCCAUGGGUUGGCGGCCCUUUCGGAACCCACCUUUCGUCGGUGGUAAGCACUUGCUUUUCUCCCGAAACCAGUAAAGUCGUCCAUUUACCAUUCGUUCAGCUAUUUUCCCCACACAUGACAUUAGCGAUAUUGGACGAUAGCUGCUUGGUAAAUGACUUGGUUUGCCCUUUUUUGGUAUCGGGACAACUAUGGCUUGUUUCCACUUUUUCGGUAAAAUUCCUGUAGUCCAGGUUCGGUUUAUGAGAGCCAGCAAUAUCUCUCUCCCCUGUUUACCCAGGGGAGUUAACAUUUCAUUAUGAACCUUAACAGGACCCGGUGCUUUCGCGUGCCUACACUUGCCUAGUGCGCUGUGCAAUUCUUACAUUGUUAGGGGGGGGGGUCGUGAAAAUCUUGGGGUGGGGUCCAAUACGUUGGAUACGAGCUCCACUUUUCUUAAGACGCCGGAUAUUUCGAUGCUCUUCCGUCUCUCCGGCUUUCUUGUUCACUUCGGCGAAGUGAGCACUGAGCGCCUGUGCUCUUUUUGCGUCGCUCGCCUCGACGCCUUUAUCGUUCUGAAUGGGUUGCGGGUUUUUCGAUCUUCCCUGCGCCAGAAAGAUUUCCAAGCAGAUUCCACACCUUCCGGCCGUCCUGGAGGUCGAGCUUUUCACAUGCACUGACCCAUUUCGAUUUUUUCGCUUUUUGGACAACGGCCCGGACUUCAGCCGUAAGUCGGUUGUAGCCUGCACGAGCAGCAGGUGUCUUCUUUCUCGCGGCCUGUUUCCGGGCUUUCGCUCUUCGUUUUACGAGUUCUUCUAGCUCCUUGUUGCAAAAGGGUUGUAUUGUUUUUUCCCGUUCGACCUGGGGCUCGUCUUUCGAGCAAUCUCCAGAAUGGUGCCAGUAAACUUCUCCAAGGCGGCAUCUAAGGGGCCGUCCAUAAAGUACGUCACGCUCUAGAGGGGGGAGGGGAGGGGGUGUAAGAGAGUGUCACAGUUUUUGACAGGGGGAGGGGGGUCAGGCCAUGUGUGACGUCAUACAUUUAUUUUUAAAAAUUUCAUUUCUAAUUUAUUUCUUAUUUUUUAAUAGAAUUUAAAAGCUUUAAAAUAAUUUUCACAAAUUUUGUGAAACAUUCGAAUUAGCUUUAUGUCAAAAUAGCAUGAAAUGCCUAUCUCCUGAAUGUGUUGUUCACGAUUCCUCUCGCAAGGAGCGCUAGUAUGCUGUUGCGAAGCCUCGUUUUAUAUAUAGCCUUACUUUCGUCAUGCCUGAAGUAUUAUUAUUUCUAUGUUGUCCGCUGCUUAAUUAUGUCACUGUCCUUUUUAAUAUUUAAUCACUGGGUGAGGAAAAGUUUCGCUAAUCUACGUCUAAUCCUGUGUAAAAAGUUUGCCUAAUUGGAAGAUUAUCUAAAACUUGACCUCACCUAUUUUAAAUGAAAAAGCAGCAGAUAAAUGAUGUGUAUUAUAUAAUUGUCUCGUCUAAUUUUUGCAAUUUUUGUUUUCAAAUUCAAUCUAGAUUGAGUUACUGCUUCAAUGAAUAACUUUGACAACUGUUGACAAUUAACUAUUCUAUUAAAGUCAUUUUAAUAAUGUGAUGGUUCUUUUAAGAGGAAAUUUUAUUUAUAUUUUAAUACAGUUUAAUAGUGAAGUGUGUUUUAGAUUAAAUUUUAAUUAGGUGUUAAUUGUAAAAAAAAUUUUUUCGAAACUGUGACGUUCUUUUGGGGGGGGGGGGGGUCCAAGAUUUGUGACAGUUUGUGACAGGGGGGGGGGUGAAAAAUUGUCAAAACAUAAUUUAUACUUCUAGUCUAAUCUUAGCAUUGUAACUUAAAAAUUGUCAAAAAUAGCGUGACGUACUUUAUAGACGGCGCCUAAGUCUAAGUCGGCCAAUUCGACUUCUAGUAGUCCGAGCUUGGUCUCGCACUGACUUACAAAAUCAUUCCACUUGGCUUUUCGGAAAAGCCAGUGGCGUUUUUCACACCUGGUUUUGGUCUGCCCCAUGUCAAUCUCAAGCAGUAUAAGAAGAUGGUCACUCUCAAUUUCUGCCAGGACUUCCAGACUCUGAUUGGCCGCGAGAUCUGUGGAUAUGAGCGUCAGGUCUGGCCGGGACUCCGUGCCGUGUCCGGUGUGAAGUAGAGUGGGCGCACUCUUUUCGUCCUGCAGCCUGAUGAGAUUUGUCUCGAGGCAGACCUCCUCCACGUGCUUUCCAGACGCGUUCCUUUCUGGAUAUCCCCAGAUGGGGGACUGAGCAUUGAAAUCUCCCGCAAUUAUCGUUCGUCUAAAGACCGUCUCCCCUCUGGUAAGGAUCGUGAUCUUAUUGCUGGGAGUGUUAUAAACGUUCGACACGGCGAAAGUUUUGCCACAUUUAGUUCUUACGAACUUUUACAAAUAAGUAUUUUUAAAGGAAAUUUUUACGGCCUGCUCAUACAUUUACGGCAUUUUACGGACAGUUCGUAAUCAUGCCCUCGUAAUUGAGGUUUCCGAUGAUUUCCCCCGGUUUUUGCUACCUCUCGGUGAUCCUUUCUGUAGCACACUCAUAUUAUUAAAAUUAAAACUAAAAAUAAAAGAAAAUAAUCUUAGUUCCUUCUAAUUCUAAAUUAGAUUAAUAAGACACGAACAAAUUGUGUCAAUAUAACAAUAUAAGUUACGCUUUAAUAAUAAUUAUACAUUAUACACAAGUAAACGUUUCGGCACAUGCUUUCAUCAGUACAAACAAAUAAAACACAUUUAAAUAAGUAUAAAUUAAAUUUACAUAAUAUAAAUAUAAAUAUCUUACCUAAAACAGAAAAAAAAAAUAGGAGAGGGCGCUAAAACCAGACAAAAACAAAGUAAAGAGAAGUAGAAAGUAAGUGAUUUUAACAUAAUUGUAAAAACCAAACAAGCCUUCAAACCCCUAGUGCAGGAUUUCCUCAUCAACACCAGUAACAGAAACAUUGCAAAUCCCAUCUACAUGCAUAGGUGCCAAAAUGAUCAAUAAAUUGAUCGUGGGCCCUUACGAUAUAGAAGAAGAAGAAACAGGAAAAAGACAUGGCAGCUAGGUAAAAUUGUGGAUUUGGUUAAUUCCAUAUGGAGACAACGUACCAAAUCUGGUUAUUAAUUUAUUCUCCAUAUAGGUUCUAUCUGUAGUGUUACUAGUAUAGAGUAUACCAGUCAUUGCGUUGUCUGAGAUUCCAUCAUAGUUAGGGCUAUGGAAAUGUUCGGAGACCGGACCAUCUACAUGCAUAGGGGCCCAAAUGAUAAUAAUAAUUGAUCGUGGGCCCUUAAUUAAGAUAUAGAAGAAGAAGAGCGUGCUUAUUUAUGUUAUAGAGGUGCUCUCUGAACCGGUCCCCAAGGCGACGACCUGUCUCUCCUAUGUAUAAUUUACCGCACUUUUUGCAAAUGAUGGUGUAAAUCACGUUGCGACUUGUUCAGGUAAAGCCAUCUUUUAUUCUGAAUGCUUCCAGAGGGAAAGUGAUCUUAUCAGUUUCGAUCACGUAGGGACAUGAGCUACAACGGCUACGGUUGCAACUUUUUGUGCCUUUAUGUGCUUUAAUAGUAGGGAGGUGGCUUCUUACUAGCAUGUCCCUAAGGCUCUUGUCCCUCCGGAAAGCGAAAAGAGGAGGUUUUCUGAAAAUCUCAUUUGUGACAGGGUCUGCCAUCAGAAUUGAGCGGUUUUUUCAGAACCAGAGAGCGAGCUUUUAGGUUGUGGAGAUGAAAAGUUAAAAUAAAUUUCUAAUUCUAACCAUGGCUAUGGCCCUCUUGAGAACCCCAUAGGCCUUGUCAUAACCAAGGAUUCACUCAAUUUGAUCAGAUUAAUACUAUGUUGUUCCAAAUGGUGAAAUGUUAAAAUGAUUUUGUUAAAUUAAGAUAAGUUUAUUUAUAAUUUGGUAUGGAAGUCACAUUUUUAACACAAAUAAAAGGGCUUAUAUAAAUUUUAUUUGUAUAAUUUUAUAUACAGGGUGGGCCAAUAAAAGUGAGAACAUCUCGUAGCAUAUGAGUUAUUUCAAAACUCAAAUAUUUAAAUAUUUACUCUGAGUCUAUCUAAUCUUCUAAAGAUAUUGAAAGAACAUGCAGAAAAUUUGCUGGACUAUGUCUAAAUUACAAAAACGUUAAGCAAAAAACAUUAAAAGAUGCAUCAUAGUAAAAAAAAUAAAAAAUAAUUAAAUCACAUUUUACGAGAUGUUCUCACUUUUAUUGGCCCACCCUGUAUAUUUUAAAAAGUUUAGUCUAAUGAAUAAUGAUGAAUUGCCAGUUAACAAACUAAUUCUUCUAAUCAGCUGUGAAGGCAUGACGCACACUGUACCAGAAGUAUUUUUAUAAUAUAUAAUGAAACGUGGUUGAAAUAUUUUCUUUUGUUUAUGACAUGAGUGGUUCAAAUAACCAAGAAUUUACAAUUUAAUUUUAAAUAAAUUAUCAUGUGCUUUCUCGGAUGAUAGGCAUAUUGUCUUACAUAAUAAACAGACAUCUCUUCCCCACACAAGAAAUGUAACUUUAAGACUUCAGAUUUAUUUUUACUUAUAAUAAUCAAAGCGUACGUAUUUACUAUUUAUAUUUACAUCAAAGAAAAAAUAUUUUUAUCGCUUUAAAAAGAUAAUAAUACAAUAAUAAAAGGUUAACUUGUACAUUUUAUCAUCUUUUUUUUUUAGACCUGGCUAUAGCUGGCACCUGUCCCUUGAGCAGGACCAAAAUGGCGACACUGGUGGAAGGACGGGAAUAUGGUCUAGCUUCAAAUACUUUAUCUGAAGAAAAUAAAUCAGUAGUUCAUUUUAAAUUGACAGAUACAGCUUUGAAAACAUUAGAUAAUUUUUCUAAAAUAAAGGUGAGUAGUCUAAAAUAAUCAUUUCAUACUUUAAAUAGUCAACAUUUGGUGGUUCUAUUUCGUGUUUUCAUAAUGGAGGAAAGAAAAGGCCCACUAACCACUAAUACGCUGGGCUUAGCCCAAUUAUGGCUUAAUAAUAAUGAGUUAAUAACUAGCUAACUGAAUGUAUAAGAGUGGGUAUCGUAAUAUUAACUGAUGACCCCAUGAUUUUCGCCAGUGUUUCUUCUUUAAUUUUUAUUGUACUUAGUUGGGUAUAUUUAAAAAUACCAGUGUCAGUGAUGUCCUAUAUGGCCAAUGGCUUUGAUUACUUUGAUGGAGCAGCUAUUAAUAUAUAUCUAUAUGGUGGAAAACAUAAACAUAUUGAAUUUGAAUUGUCAUUUAGUUUUAGGCCUAGAGCAUAGGCCUAUUACUGAGUUGAUGGGGGGUGAAGUCAGCUGUUGGGUUUAUUAAGUUAUUGACUUUCCUUUCUAAUUCAGCCAUGUCAUCAUAAUUAGAAAAUUUGGUUAAAAUGCAGUUAGUGGCCAGGCCAUAAAUGUCUUCCACAGUAUAGGCCUAUACGUCAUGGAUGUUCCCCAGGUGAACUAGCGACCAUAGUUCCGUUUCUCAAUAUUUAGAAAUUUUACUGUAUUUAUUUGUUUUUUCUCUCAUUUAUUAAUUUUUGUCUUAAAAGAGGGGGGGGGGGGACGGACACACUUCCUUAGAAAUUAUUUUGUUUCUUAUUUUUUUUAUUGAAUUUGUAGGGGGGUGGUUUUUUUCGUUUCUUAAUUUUUAGAAUUUUUACUGUAUUUAUUUGUUUUUUCUCUGAUUUAUUAAUUUUUGUCUUAAAAGAGAGGGGGGGGGGGGACGGACACACCUCCUUAGAAAUUAUUUUGUUUCUUAUAUUUUUUAUUGAAUUUGGAGGGAGGUGGUUUCCCCUCCUCAGAAAAUUAUGUUGAAAUGUCCCGUUAAAUUGCGAUACAAAAAUUAUAUAAAUGUGUGGCGUGGCAUGCGGAUAUUUAAUUUUAAAACAUAAUAAACAGCACUUUUUAUCUGGUGUUCACCUUGUGGGGUAUCAGCAAGGAUGAUUCUCUCUUCCUAUUUCCUUUUGAAACGGAAACUUAUAAGUUGAAUUUUAACAAGAACAGAAAAAAAAGUUAUCGUUCUCAUAGUUUAGGCCCAGCUGUUGGUCCUGUCACCCUAAGUUCAGGGUUGUGAUUUCCCAAAGUGACCUCACUGCCCUUAGGGUGAGACAACUCUUGGCAAAACCGAUGCUGUUAACUGCACAUUUACCGAAAAUGCAAUUCAUUAAAUAAAUUAGAAGUCCCAUUAUUUUGAAAUGCAUUGUUUCUUUUAUAAGGGAUGUGAGACUUAUUAAAAGUAGAAAAACAGUUAAGGUGUGAGAUUGGUCAAACAAUUAGGAUGUGAAGUGUAUAAAAGGUGGGGAAACACUAGUGGGUCCAACUAACUACUAUAACAGUGCUGCAUAAGCCAAGGUAGGACAGGCCUAUUUCUAAUUUAUAUAUAGGCCUAGAUUUGAUAGAUUUGGCCAAAAAAAUGUAUUAGAGUUAGAGCUAUGCUUAUGCUUUUCCUAGUGCUACCAUAUGUUAAUGAAUUAACUUAUGUUUUCAGCCAAAGUUAAUUGUAAAAUUUAAAAAAAGGGUGAUAAAAGCCUAAAAUAAAUGUUGCUUAAACUGUACUUGCCUAGAUCUAGACCGACUUAAGUAAAACAAUUAGUCCUUAGUUAAAUUUAUUAAGCCUAGCCUAGUUAAAGGUUAAUCUGAUUAUGGGUUACAUUUUUUUACUACCAGUUAAUCUUGUGUUGUUUUUUUUUGAAGUAUGUCAAUGUAAACAAUUUUGAAAGUGUCCCUGGCGCUUUUACGUCUACUCUAGUCUGUUCAACUUAACAAUUCUAUAACUGAGAAUGUCCCUGGAUGAAUUUGAACCCUUCUUUUAUCAAUAUAAAUUUCCAGCUUCCUCUUCCAUCUUGAUACAAUGAUGUCAUGUGAUCUCAGCUACAUUAAUUUAAAGUCAUCAAUACCUGGGGGCUCUACUAGAACUAGGUUAUUUCUCCAUAAACUAAACAUUCAUCAAUUUUAUUAUAAAAAAAAUCUAUGUAAAUAAUACACAUUUGAAUGUAAAAGCCCUCUACGACUCACUUAUUCAUUCAGCAUCAGUUUAACCAUUUUUCAAAACUUUAUAAAUAUGAAAAUGUGCAAUAACUUUGAAUAAGAAUUCAAAGAAAUAGUUUGAAUGAUGGAAUACAUCUGGAUAAUUGGAUUGGAAAAGGGCAAAACUUUUAUUUAUGUGAAUUAUAAAUUAGAAACAUUUUCAAUUAUUUUAUGUUGCAUAAUCAGCCUGGACAUGGUUGAUUUAAAUUUCUGUAUAAUUUGUUGCUUUGGUCCAUGCAAAGAAAGGAAUAAAAAAAAUUUGUGCACUUUUCUAAUAAAGGUUCUAAAAUAGUAUUUUUUAAAUCAAAUUUCUUUUUAAAAAAGACACUUAUUUUCAUAGUAAGUGAACAUUUAUUGCAGGGUUUUACAGCCUGGGGUGGUGGGGAUAAGAAAAACCCUAGGGGUAAAGAGUCAUUUCAAGGGAUUUGAGGAAAAACGAUUUUAAGUACAAAAGAGACAUUACAGACCUGCCAACCCUUCCGAUUUUGUAGGAAUUAUACAGAUUUUUUACCCUGCAUUCGUCAGUCAGAAAAACUCCUUUAAAUUCAGAUUUUCCGAACAUUAUAAUUUUUCGCCCAUCAUAAAAAUCCGAAAGCGACAAAAAAAAUAUUAAUAAAUUGGAUAUGACUAGAAGUGUUGCAUUUUGAUGAUGACACUUUCUUUGUUUUUAUGAAUAAGUUCUCGAGAUAUUCGUCCGGCUAUUACUAUUAUGUUAUAUAUUUGACCUAGUCACAUGACAGUUGUAUCAAAGUUGUGGAGUAUUACGCACAAGAUAUUUGUCUGGCAGCCUUGUCACUUGACCGCUAAUAGUCGAUCAGAGUUUACGGUAUUUCAUUUCAACAAAUUCAAGUUAGUCUGGACAUUGACAUGAAAUAGGAAUAUGUUCAAUUCUACAAAAGAAAUACUAGAACCAUUGCUGGUAUAUAUAAUGAACAAAUGGUUAAAAGGGGACAAUGUUAAAUAAAGCGUGACAUGCCCGUUGGCUGAAUAUCCCACACACUAUUUGUCCAUCGCUAGAUGUGUGGACACUGCCUUGUUUUUAUCAAAGCAAAUCCCCCUAAUCUAUAAAUCAUUCUUCAAUCAUCAAUUGAUUUGAUCUUGAUUCAUACUUGUACUUGGCUAAAAAAUAAUUCAGUUGUGUUGUGACUUUUUUAUGUUAAAGCUUUUCUUCUUCUUCUACAUAUUAAGGGCCCACAAUCAAUUUAUUGAUAAUUUUGGCUCCUAUGCAUGUAGAGGGGAUUUGUAAUGUUUCUGUGCCGGGUGUUGAUGAGGACAUUUGACUGAUUUCCAGUGCCACUUUGUGAGGAAAUUAUGCGCUGGGGGUUUGAAGGCCAGAGGCAAUAGACACAAAUGAGUCUAGUGUUGUCGCCUCAACUGUUCCUUUUGAAAGCUUGUUCCAGUCCCUGAUUGUCUUGGGCAGGAAUGAGCAGCUCCUUUACUGGCUUCUUGCUGGUAUGAGCCUGAAUUGCCUGUCAUGGCCUCGUCACUGUCUAUGGGGGAGAGGGACGAGUUUCUGUUUAAUUAUUUAUCUUAUAUAUAAUGGAGAGCCUGGAUUGUCCUUGUCGUUCCUCCAAUGGUGACAAGCCUAGUGGUUCCAGCAUGCUGCCAACACUAGAGGUAUUCCUAAAGCGGUUCAAAAUUGAUUGAAAGUGGUGGGUACAAUGAUAUUAAUAAAAAAAUUUUUACACAAACAAAACAACUAUUGCAGCUAAGCAGGUGAAUCUACAUCUGUCUCUAAUUUCUUCGCUAAGGAAUCGGAUGAUUCAGUUAUCAGAUUGGAAGUUUUAUUUACCACCUUUCUUAUUGAAGGAAAUAUUUCUUUAGCCAACUCCGAUCUUUUUUAGUUCUAGAGUCAAGGAAAUGUUUCCAGGCUCGCAGAUUGCUAGAAGAUUGUGAGAAAAAUUACAAUGAAACAAGGGCACUAGAAGAUUGUGAGAAAAAUUACAAUGAAACAAGGGCAAAGAUGAAAGUUUUUUUUCUUGGCAGGUUGGGAGGUCUGCAUUAUUUUAAGUUAUGAUAUGAUAAAAAAAAAUGUUCCUUUGUGUCUAAGUCACAAGUUUAUUAUCUUAGUUCUUUUUUUGCAGUUGAAUAAAUAAAUUAGAACUCCAUUAUUUGCAAAAUUCAAAAUGAAUUGUUACUUUUGUGGGGGGAGACUUAGCAACACAAUUUGUUUGGAGUGCAGGACUUGUCAAAUCAUUUAUAGGGGCGCAGUGUAAAGAAAAGUUUGGGAAACAAUUUUUUAGCUUUGUUUUGACUAUUAUAAAGCUGUCUAUUCUGUGUUUUGUUAACUUGGUUUGAUUUUUUAAAAUUUGGGGUUGGGUCAAGGAGAUAUUUUUUAUUGUUAAUUUCUCCCACAGUAAAUUACGUCUACAGAAGACCGAUAAACCAAAACUGUUAUAUUUUUACAAUAUUAUCUCAAAAACGUAUAAACAAGUCAUAGCUGAACAAAGUUUUUUGGGGCUUUGUUUUAAGCUCUUUCAUUUUUAACAAAAUUUCUAGAAAUAAAUUUUGAUACACAACUUAGUAAGUUUAUUCUAUCAAAACAUGAUGGUUCCUCAUUUGUCACAGUCUAGUCUAUUAAAAUUUAAAUCACCUUGUCACUGUUUUUAAAUUAAUAAGUUUUGUUAUUGUUUUUCAGAGCAAAUUUGUGAGGUCAUCAUAUAGGGAAAAAGAGUCAAUUAUUUCUUAUUAUAUCUCAUAUGCUGCUUUUUGUCAUGGAAUUAGUCUUCCAUUUAACUUUAUUUUCUUUUCUUCUUUACAGAGUGGAAAAGCAACAAUACAAUUUCACGGAAAUACUGGGGUAAGAUUUGUGAACAAUAUUCUUGUCAUUUCACGAAUGUGGUUUCAAAGAAAGCAGUAAAAGGAAAAUACAAAGAAAUCGUGUUUGAUUUUUGUAUUCUGUUUUCAGAGAUAACUAGUUUCACUAAACUUUAAAAAAUGAAAUGACAGUUGCAAAAUAUUAAUCCUUCACCUUAUAAUUCACAGAUAAUUAAAAUCCCUAGCCAUGGAAAUCAGCCAGAGCGAAUAUUCCAGAUAUCCAUAUCAGCAUUACCAGGAGAUCUUAAUGGUAGUUUUGACUGUAUUCAACAAACUUCAAAGUAAGUGCUAAUAUUUUGAAAAUGGCCAUGUUUUGUGAUCUAGAUAGCAGAAUAAACAUUUUUUUUUUUUUUAACAAGCUAUCAAUUACACUUGAUGAUUUUAUUAUUGAUCUUCAAUUGAUGCUUAAUCAAGUAAUGGCUUUAUCAAUGGUUUCUCAGGCGAGAAAGCUGCAGUUAAAUGUUUAAUGCAAUGAAUUUUUUAAAAGAAUUUCUUUAAAUUCUGGGGUAAUUCAUUGAGUAAUAAAAUGUUUUGUUUUAUUAAAUGAUUUAUUUGCUUUGAAAAUAUGUUCCCCCUUUACACCAUGAAUAAGUUUUUGUCCAAGCUCUUAACUGGAAUGAUUUUAAUAUGCCUGAAUGAACAAUAAAUGGGUUCAAUUACAAUUGUCACAUGGGUAAUUAAAAAAUCAUAUUUACCUGUUGCAAAAUUAAAAACCCUAAUAAAAUAACAGUAACAGUAUUUCUCCCCCCCCCCAAUGUCUGGAACUAAAGAUAGAUAACCUUAGAAAAAGCAGUGUAUGUUCAGAAAAUGCAGUUGUGUCCCUUUUUUAAUUUUUACACAUUUUACCCUACAAUAACACUUAUUUUAUUUCUUCCCCCCCCCCCAAUGUCUGGAACUAAAGAUAGAUAACCUUAGAAAAAGCAGUGUAUGUUCAGAAAAUGCAGUUGUGUCCCUUUUUUAAUUUUUACACAUUUUACCCUACAAUAACACUUAUUAACAGCUUUUAGUUUGUAGAGAACUAUGAGUUUUGAUUACUCAAAUUUUGAAACAAAAUUUUGGACAAGAAUAUUUUGCUAAAUCAAGUUAUUUCACUGAUAAUGAAUGAUAGGGGUAGACUUCAAUAAGGUUUAGCCAAUGAAAUGAUUUACAUGUUGGCAAAAAGCUUUCUUCAUCAAACAAAAACAAGUGAAAAUAAAAAAAAUUAUAAAGAACAUAUCAAAUGCUAUGUGGUGUUUGAGAUAAAACUGAAAGGAUCAUAUCAGUGCAUAUUUAAGAAGUAACCAGUUGAAACUAUAUUAUUUCAGUAAUUUGUCAAGUCUUGGUACUAUGCAACAUAGGGUAACUGUGCUUGCUACUGAUGAUGUGUAUGACCGCACUCGUGCCAAAAUGACAAUGGCAGAAGAAGAGAGUAAAAAAGUGUGGUAAGUUUGAUUUUGUAUUCUUGGACAUAGGAUUAAAUUGUAUGUGACUUCAAUAGCAUAUUUUUUAAUGCUAACUGUAAAUGUAAUUAAUUAAUGUUCAUUAAAUGUAUUUAUUUAACAGCACCAAGGAGAUUAAACCUAGUGGUCGUCAUAUUAGCAAAAGAGUCAAAAAGGUGUUGCUUCCUGGAAGUCUUAGAAUUCCCCCGCCGGUAUCUAAACCGAGCACUUUAGCCUCUGUAGCCAAACCAACGACCUCCAUCAGUGGAACCAGCCGUCAUGCUUUUGGACCUUCUUCAUCAUCAUCAUCAUCAUCGUUGCCACUGUCCAGUUCAACAGCAAGUCCAAAUGUACCUGCUUCUAGUCAUUCGUCAUCAGUUAUUGUGCAGAGCAGACAAUCUCCCACACCUAGCUCCAAUAAUUCUGUCUCUAAACCUUCAAGUAGUAAUCAGUCACGUGUUUUGACCUCUUCAACCACAAAGCAAUCUUCUGGUGCCAUUAACAUGCCUUACAGGUGAGCAUAUUAUGGUGAUAGAACAACAUUAAAUGAUGUUUUGUCAUUGGCAUAUACAUACCUUUGAGCAAAUAGCAAUUUAAUUUUUAGCACCAAUUAUACAUUUUCAUGUAGACAUGGCUUGUAUGGAUGAAAUUCCUGUGUUACAUAGCUUGAUGGAAUCAACCAUUUUAAAAAAUAUUCGGCUGAAUAUGCAGUGAUACAAGUAAAGAAUUAAUAUUGACCUUUACCUGAUCUAUUUUCUCUUUUCGCCUGCUUAUAACCAAUAAUGUCUAAAUAAUUUAUACAUUGCAGGGACCGUAUUAUACAUUUACUAGCACUCAAGCCAUACAAAAAACCAGAACUUAUUUUGAGGCUUCAAAAAGGUAUUUCUCUUCACUUCCAUAAGCAAGAAAUAAUUAUAUCGGGCCUGUUGGAAUUUUGUGUACAAUUUACGAUUUUUAGGUGUCUUUUAGGAUCGUUACAACUUCACCGCUCUGAAAAUAUAUACAUUCCAGUAGAAUUUUGUAUUAAAAAAAAUUAAAAUUAAAAAGUACUUUUGUGAUUGUUGGUUUUAACCUACUUUAAUCAACCAGCAGUGAAUGGAUCUAGAAAUACGAUUGGUUGGGGACCAACUAUAAUUAUAUUACAUUUGUCCUGAGAGGGGAAGGUGGUUGUGUUGAUUUAGGAGAUUUUGGGUACGUGUGUGUAUGGGGGCGGGGUCUAAAUAUUUAAAUCAAUAAAAUUAACAUCACCACAUUUUUGUAAGGAUAGUGAUGGUCAUAUUGUUGCUUUGUGUGUUUUCAUAAAUAACUUGAUAGACACGGCAACACUCAUGUUAGAGUUAGUGACAAUUUUAGUCAAUCCUCACUUUUUUUCUUCUGUGUUACAUGAUUUUAUUUUGUGGCAUAUAAUUAUUUAGUUCGGCGAAGCACAGUGAGUGUAGAAACACAUUCUUAACUGUUGCGCACAACAACAUUGGAGUUCGACAAAUUUUAUAGGGUUUGAGAGGGCCGUUUAAAUCUAUUUUUAGAAGGCACAAAACAGCUGUUUGAUUUGCCCCGUUUUGGUUCCAACACUCCUGUUCCUUUCACUCAUUUAUAGCUUGUGAUAGUUAAUAAUUGAAGGACUGCAUUCAUGGUAUCUGAAUUUACAUUUCAACAGAGAGCAUCGUAAAGGUGUAUUAGAUGUAUCCAUUACGGCACUAAUUUCCUGUAGAGAGUUUAAGUGGAAAACAAAAUUAGUCAGCUUUACGGCACCAUAUCUCCAUAUGGUAUUUAUCAAAUACUCUCCCACUAAUGUUUGAUUGAAGCUUCAACAUACUUUUUACUAUUUCAUUGUGAUAGUUAUCAGAGUAUAAAAUAGUAGCGGGAAAUAGGCUUACUGGAUAUUGAUUCCAAUUUUUUUUUAAAACCCAGAUUUUCCUAGAUUAUAAAUAUCAAGUUACUUGGUAUGUUUUUUAAAUGAUGUCAAAGUUGUUACUUAAUUCUUAUUUUAAUAAAUUUUAUUUUAUCCUGAUCUGACAUUAGUUUGAGCCACGUUAAAUUUCGUCAGUAACUUUAUUUUUACCAGUGAUGGUGUGUCAAAAUGUAAUCUGCAUUUUCACUGAAUAUAAAUUAAUAUCCAAAGCAAAGGCAGGUCUGCAAAACAAAGUGACAACAAAUUUUAAUAUAAACGUCGGUUGUCUACUUUUAGAAUUUACCUUUUUUUGAUGUCAUCUUAACUCAAUCCCACUAGAAACACAAUGAGAGUAGUUAUUGUAUACAUUGUAAAUACUGUAGGUUUAUUUAUUUACUAUUAAGAUGUAUUUUAGGAGUUUGAGAUGAAUUUAUUUGAAUUUAGGAGUUCGAGGGUAAACUGGUGUGAUAUUUUAAAAAAAAUUAGAUGUAUGAUUUAAAAAAUAUGUUUGAUCAAAAUAGAAUUGCAGUAUGAAGUCAUUAUAUUCCUGAAUUUUAAAAUAAAUUUUAAGAAGACUAAGAAGAGAAACUUUUCUAACUUUCUUGCUUAUAGUAAUUUAAGUUUAAUUUUGUAUAAGACCCUCAUUAUUUCUUGUUUAUUUAUAGGUAAGCAGCUAUAUACUAUAAUACAUAUAUGACUAUGAUACUGUAGCAUGACUUUUAUGGUUACCUUUUUCCCAAGAUGGCAUUCGAGAAAAAGACAAGAACUCCCUGGGCACGGUACUUCAACAGGUAGCCACCCUUAAUAGAGACAACAGCUAUACAUUAGCCAGAGGUGCAUGGGCUGAUGUUAGACUUGAAUGGCCAUUUUAUUCAGAGCCAGAUAAGAUAUUACUCAAAAAGUAAGUAGAUAAACAAUAAAGUGGUGGAUGGCUUUUUGAAAAAGAAUUAUUUAUUCAACCGCAACUAUUUGUAUCAUUACUGAUUUCAUACUUAUUAUAAAGAGUAUAUUUUUCUUCAUUAAAACCCCAAUAAAUUUUCUUAUUUUAUAUUUUACAAAUGUUAAUACGACUGUUUUUUUUCUUCUUAAAACUAUAUUGCUAGUUGAAAUUUAUUGUCUGUACAUGGAUAGUUUUAAAAAGAAAUGGGUUUAAAUUAACUGAUAGUAAAUGGCAUCCAGCAGAAUUUAAAAUCAAACAUUGUUUAAAAAUAAGCUGUCAAUAAUAUUACAAAUGCACAGCUAAGCUUGGAAACAGGCAUAUGGCAAAAGUUGUACCAAAGUACAGAUAUUAAUUUAUAAAAUAAGAGUCAGGAGACAUAGUUGAUAAUAUUUAAUCUUGACUAUUAUCUGAUAAUUAGUUUUUACAAGCAGUGAAGACACCAAUGUUUGUGAUACUGGUAUAGCAUCUUAACCUUUUUCUUCUCCCUUACAAAUACUAAAAGUGUAUAUUAAAGUUAAACUUUACCCACGGAAAAGAUAACCCUUAUUUCAGUGCUGUCCAACCAGUGGGCAGCAUUAAAUGGCCCCACCACAACUUGAGAAAUUCUUAUGAUAGGUGUAAAAAAAACCACAACAUUUUAAGGUGAAAAUAUUUUCAAACCACAUGCGUUGGUUCAGUUUUAUUGGGAAAUCGCAUGAGCAAGUAGGUUGUAACAUGGACAAGAGGGAGGUCACAUAAACUAAGGAGCUGAAGGGCUUGACAGGAAGCAGUAAUGUUAAGCACAUCUGCAAAGCAACCAUUUGGGAAGCACAGUGACAUAAAAUGGGAUACUAUCUUCUCCUUCUUUCUCUUGCUUGUACAGGGGAGGCGUCGCAUGGUAUAAUUACUAACAGCAUUUGAAAGAUAAAAAGAGAAUUGAAAAGUAACUUGUGUGUAGCUAUUUGGUCAUUAGAAUAAACAAUAUAUAAUUUUUAAGAGAAAUACUUAUUAGUUGGAAUAUAUCAGAAUAUACAAUACUCUUUCAAAGUAUAUAUUAUAAGCAUUGUUUCAUAUAAUUUUGCUGCUUUGGAAGAAAAGAGAAUGUGGCGAUUUUAUCUUCUAUUUUAUUUAUUAUUAGCAUUAUGAGAUGAUAGAAUAUUGAGUUUGAAAAUGUCAAUGUGCGGAUUUAUUUUUUUUGUUAGAAACCUACAGCUAGAGAGUAGAACUGCACCCACAUCCCCAGCUGUUUCUCCUGCUAGUAAUCCUGAAAGUCCAGGAAACUCACAGGUAUGCUAUAUCUUGUUAUAGUAAGUUCUUUCAGAAUAUCAACUGCUUUGAAAACAUACAACAUUUUUAAAGGAUAAUUUUUGUGAUCGCAUGAGCAGAUAUCCUACAUUUUAAAGUAAAAAUUUUUGCAUGUUUAAAAUAAAUACAUUUUUUUAAAUUUUAAAAAAACAUUUUAAAUAUUUGCAAUAAAUCUUUACAUAAUGCUAAGAAACGGAAAUUGGAAGAGGCCGAAGAUGUUGCUGCCAAUCCCAAUCAGAAAAAAAGAAUAGCACAUGCUGACCGGCGGCAGGCCGAAGAAAGACCUGUCAGUGUGGUUAAACCCACACUUAAUCAGCAAACUUCACCUUCGGCAAACAGGGAGAAUUUUGAGGGUAAGCAUAGGGUUUCUGUGAUACUUCAGCUCUUCUACCUUAUUAAUUGAUGUAACAUCUGUAGCUAUGUGCAUUUCGUACUUAGACAUGGCAUACAAAUAUGCAACUGUGUAUUUACAGAGUUCCUUUAAUCAUUUUAGGUAACUUUGAAGCAAUUUAAAGCACUUCUAAUAAAUAAAUUGACUACCAGAUUUGAGCUAAGUUUUUUUUUUUAAUGAGGAAAAUGCCUUUCUGUGAAUCACUGACCCAUGUGUACUGGCAGUAAGUGCUUAUAAUUUAACUUUAACAAAUAGUUAACAAUAUAUACCAAUGACACUGGUGUAGGAAGUGGGGGGGGGGGGCAGUGUAGGUGGUUGGUCUGACCCAGGCUGCACAUUUUUGGCCAACGUCAGGUUUUUUAAGGGGGAAGGGGGGCAUUCCCACCCCUAGCUCAGGGGUCGGCUAAUUCGCAUGUAGCUCUUUAGCGACCUGAGUGCGGCUAAUAUAUACCAAUGACACUGGUGUAGGAAGUGGGGGGGGGGGCAGUGUAGGUGGUUGGUCUGACCCAGGCUGCACAUUUUUGGCCAACGUCAGGUUUUUUAAGGGGGGAGGGGGGCAUUACCAGCCCUAGCUCAGUGGUCGGCUAAUUCGCAUGUAGCUCUUUAGCGACCUGAGUGCGGCUCCUGCAAGUCGCCCACUAAUUAGUUUUUACUCCGUAAACAGGUUCUUGAAAAGAAAUUUGGCUCUCUAAAAAACUUUAAUCAUCCUGCUGCUGAUUUUUGACUAUUUUGACUUAAUGAGUUUGCCGUCCACUGGCCUAGCUGCACCACUGAUAUAUGAUGAAUGAAUAAGACCUCAUAUUUAAAUUAAAUUGUUUUAGCCAACCAGCUAAUUAAGUAGUGCAGCAAAAACUAAUGUAAAUUGUCUCUAUGUAAUGUAAGUUGUCUCUAUGGAGUGUAGUUAAAUGAGUGAGAUGAUGUUCUUGCUUUAAAUCAAUUUUCUUAAAGUCCAACUGUUAAUUAAAUGUAUAUAUUUAAUGUUUUUAAAUGUUACGGUGAGAAUGUCUAUGUUGAAACGUUUGCCACAAAAUUUAUUAAAAUUCAAGGGUGUGAACACAAUUUGAGACACUUUGGCUAGAUGAUGGUUUUAAGGUAAUCUGCAUGUCGGUAUUCUUUCAGCUCAUCAUAAUUGAAAUGGAAUUAUUAGUUUUAGGUGCCUUUUGUUAUGGAGUAAAAUCUCAUAAAAUAAUUAAAAAAAAAAAUGCUAUUUAACAAUCUGCUUUUUUUCUACAGGUAACACAGAUGAAAAUAACUCGGAUAAACCAGAUUAUAUAAGGUAAGUUGUUAAAAAGACUCAAUGUUUUAGUGGUGUGAUGCUAAAAAAUAAUUAGGUAUUUAAUGUAUUUUGUCUAGAUGACGUAAGACAUUUUUAAAUGGACUUGAUGACAAAAUAAGUAAAUACUUACAUAAAGCAACAUUUUCAUGUCAGGCAUGUUAACAUAAGUUUCUUUGAAAGUGAAAUGGAUAAGUUGAUAAUAAUUUUCUUUUGUUCAUUUCCAGUAAAUUUAUUCACAUAGAAGACAGCGAACAGCGUCAACAAUAUAAGCAAGAGUUCAAUAGAGAAUAUGCAGAAUACAGAGAGCUACAUAAGGAGGUUGACAUGGUGGCUUGCAAAUUCCAAAACCUGAGGUCUCAGAUCAAUCAAACCGAAGAGGGCACACCUGAUUUUGAAGUAAAUAAUAUUUCCAUUUAAUUGUAGGCAUAAUUAAUAACUGUAGUUUUUUUGCAUCCAUCCAUCUCCUAGAGAUGAUUUAAUUUCACACCAGCCUUUGAUGUAAGCAAUUAGCACCUCAUUGGCAUACUUCUAACCAACAGGUCUUUCAGUGAUCGUGAACAGAGGCUAAUUUAAUUUCUCAGUUCAGCCAAAAGCUUCAAAUCUUUUGCAAUCAAGAGCAAUGGUUGUGUUUCUUCUACCAGUUAUUGUAAUAAUAACGAUACCCAUAACUAUAACUGUGAUUAAUUAAGAAAUGGUAUGAUUAAAUUACCUACAAUUUUUAUUGAUUAGAUUUUCAAAUUGAAAUACGAUAAUUAUUAAUCAUCUGCCAAUUAAUUUGCAUUAGCUGAUUUUGUGUGAUCCUGACAGGCAAGAUGCUUAUAUUAGAUAAAAUAAAGUUUGUUGCUUUUAAUUUACACUUUUUCCAUGCAACUUAUAUAUAUUUAUACAGGCUUGCCGCCAAAAUAUUUAAGAAGAAAAUAAAGUAUUGUAAGUUGUGUAAUAAUAGUAAGUUGUAUCACAGCCAUCAGAUGCUGUUCCAUUUGGUCCGUUGUGGAGUUAAAAAAACAUGAAUUGCAUAUAUUUGAAGCAGCAAAAUUAUUUCAUAGUUGACUCAAUGUGCUGCUAACAGUAAUUCACUAAAAUGUUACUCUGGCUGCAUUCAAUGUCAUUCAAACUCAAGUCAGACAUAUCCAUGUCAACAUCCACAUUAUUCCAAGGCAUCAUUCAACUCAAAUGCAAUACAUUUUUAAAGUUUAUCCCAUUUCUCAUCUUUGGCCUCUGAUUUACACAGGUUUUAAAGAAACAAGUAUUGGAGGAAUAUGAAGCUCAGAAGUCAGAUCCCAAAUUUAUGGCCAAAAAGCAGCGAAUGGACUACCUUCAUCAAAAGCUGGGCCACAUAAAACGCCUUAUCCAUGAUUAUGAUCAGCGGAUACAGGCUUUGCCCUGUAGCUAACAAAUGAUGGAAUUAUUGGACUGGCCUGCUUCUCAUGUCUCGAUUACGGAUUUACGCCAUUGAUACCAAAACUUCACAUGCCUACAAUUACCUUUAGAAAAAAAGCGCUGUAUUGUCAUGUUUUCCUGUGUGAGCUUAAGUAGAGAGGUGCUUCCAUUUUAUAACCCUACCCUCUUCCUUUUACACUAUCUGAGACUUCCAUUUCUUUUCUUUUUAAAAGAUGCCUUAAGUUGAUUGAUUUGAAUUAUAUUUCAGCUCCCACGUUGUCCGUUGAAUGUUCACGUUGGCAGGGGAUUAGGUACUGUUGUACCUUGUAAAGUCAAAUCAUUUCAUUAAAAAACCCCCGAAACCCCCACACCCCCCCCCCCCCCCCCCGCGAUCUGUGAUAGGAAGUAAGGAUUUUGUAGACUUGAUUGUUUUGGCGGUAGUCUUUAGCUAUUUAUCCGUCAAUGGUUCAGCAGUAAGUGCAUAGACACUUCUCUUCAUUUACAACAAAAAGGAAUUAGUUUAUUUAUUUUCUAACUGCAUUAAGUAGUAUGAAAUGAAGGAAUUAUUUAAUCCCUGAAACAAAAUUUAUGAAAAAAAUGGCUUCAAAAAUGUAAGUUUUCUAAUUGUUAAAGAACAACCUGCUCUACCUAAUGAAUCAACGUUGUUUUAUAGAACUUAUUUGUUUUUAGAUUUUAAUUUAAUAUCUCAUAUUCUUUAAAGAAUUGAAAAAAUAAAUAAAAAGGUACAUUUCAUAUUUAAAUUUAAGGAAACCCAAUUGUCAAUCUGCUGAAGGUUUCAAGGUUUUAUUUAUUGAAAUCUACAAACUGCUUUCAGGGAUAUACCCUCUUGAAGAAAAACAAUUUUAUUCCUUUUUUUAAUCCAAUACAAAGCAUUAACUGUUGUACAUUUUGUUGUUUCAGUAUUGAGGCUGAUGUCUAAUUCCCUGCUGAACAUCUUGUUACUUGUUGUUUUAAGAUUAUUUGUAAAAUUCCCUGACAAGAAUGAUUUCCUUACUUGAAUAGGAGAGAAUGUUACUAAACAUAACCCACUUGAUAUGAAAUUGACGGUGGUUUGGCAUCAUUUAUGAGAAAUGGUCAAAUUGUUUUCUUGGUGGUUUCCUAGGAAAGUACUUUAAUACAUUUAAAAAAACUAAUUUAUUGAACUUGUUUGAAACUAUCUUAAGUUGUAUUUGUUUGUACCUAAAUGAAACAUGUGGAAACUAUUUGUUUAGUGUUCCUAAAGGCAACAUGUGAAUCUAUAAUUUAAGUUGUUUUUCUUUUUACCUAAAUGAAACAUGUGAAACUAUUUGUUUAGUGUUCCUAAAGGCAACACGUGACUCUAUUUUUAACUUGUUUUGUUUUUACCUAAAGGCAACAUGUAGGCAUGUGGAUAAAUGACACAAUUACUUCCUUUCAAAACUCAAAUCUCUUGAUAUAAAUGAAGGAUGUGAAUUAUUAUUUUAUUUGAGGGUACUGAUCUUCACCUAGCCCUGAAAGUAUGAUUCCAAAAAGAUCUGUCAUUUCCUAUGUUGUUAAUUUAAAGCUGUUCAUAACCUGUACCUAAAGUUCACAUAAAAUUUUUGUACAAAAAGUACAAAAAAAAAAAUUGUGUCCUUAGAAAAAAACCCAAUGACUCUGUGAUAAUGAAACAGUAAUGACAAACAAAAAAAGGUGACCUCUUAUUUGAAUGAGAAUUUUGUUUAUGCCAAGUGCUGUAUUGAUGCUCAAAUUUGUGCUUGACAAAUAUAAUUCUUCUCCUACUCCUUGUGUACUCAAGAGUUGUGUAUCAUUUCUGCAUCAAUAAUUUUGAUUUUCUUUCUUUGACAAUUUUAAGUAUUUAUAACAUUCCUUACCAAAUCUUCUUCAGAUUUCAUGUCAUUUUGAACGUUUGUAACAAAUGAUGGAGGAUAAUUUAGAUUGUAAUCUUUAUCAUUGUUCUCUCAACUGCUGGACACAUGUUUAGUUAGUGGAUGUUAACCAGAUCACUUAAAGAAAUGAUAUGAUUAGAAUUAUUAAUUUUUUUUAGAGUAGUUAGCAGUUUUUUUGUUUUUUUUUGUAUAUUAAGAUUUAAAAAAAAGUCUCUACCUUUCCAUUUCAGCAUUAUUCUGUAGAUUUUUUAACACUUUAAAAAAAUAAUAUAAACCAACUUACCUAAUAAAUAGUAUUAGAAGGUUUGUUAAAGCUAAAUAUUUUAUUCACACGUUACAUCCAUGGAAAUGCUACCUCCUAAAUUCUGUUCUCUAAUUCAUAUAUUGUACUUACUUUUCAAUUUAAAAAGUGGUUACCGGCCAUUUUAUGAUCUUUUAUAAACUGCUGAAAGUCACUUGAUGUAGUAAAAGCUCUUAAGUACCUGAUGCAUACCAGAAUGGUCAUUUAUUUAACAUAAACACCAUAUAAUUGGGAUUAAUGCUAAAUGUUAAUACUGUAUAUAGUAAAUUCAUAAUUUUAAUUGAUUUCAAGGUGAAAUAUUUUAAUGUAAAAAUUUAAACUGCAUGAUUGUGAUGCAGUCUAAUAAUUUAUAACCACUGCACAAAGUCAGAUUUAGUUUUUGCUUCUGUUUAAUGAUAUAAUUUAAACAAGGAAAUAACUUGUAGUGAUCUAUUUGAUCAACAGUGGAUGACGACUGGAAAACUUGGUCAGGCUAUUGUAAUAAUGGGGUCUUGAAAUUACUCCAAAACGUAACUGAAAAAAAAAAAAAAGUCCUAUUUAUUUUAACAUGCCAUUAGCGAAAUGGUCAACUGUGAUAGUUAUAAAUAUGAACACAGUACAUUUGGCUGAACUUGUGCAGUAAGUACUGAUUCAGUUCUGGGCAUUUAACAGUUAAAGAAAUUAUUUCAAGACAUUGAGUGCUUGUGUAUAUAUAUAUAUAGUGUCUUAUCCUAAACUCCAGGCUUCAGCACAUCUCAUCUCUUCAAUUGUAUUGACAAAGCCACUGCUGUCAGAGCAUAGUUUGACGGACAUCAGAUGUAGAAAUGUUUAACCUUCUAGUCUUGGAGUUGUGACAUAAUGUGUUGUCUUGUUUGUCCACUAGCACAUUUCACAGUCAUGUCUCAUUUGUUGUGUACCUAUGUUUGGGGGGUUCUUUCGUCAACCCCCUACAUCACAUUUUUUGAACAUUUAUCCUACUUCAUGGUUAUUUAUAAAGAUUUAAGAUUACAACCACUAACCUAAGAACUCUAUAAACACUGGUUGAUAACUGCUUAAGGUGUAACAUGCCAGUAAUAUUGUGUUAACUCAAUGUUCUAUGUCUUGUGCAAUGUGUCAUAUGUUGAUCGCAUGUUAAAGUGUACAAGUCUUUGCACACUGGUGUAGAAUUUCUGUUGAACUGAGAUCUCUAAAAUAUCAAUUUUCUUAACAUGCAAUAAAAUGUUGGUCUGAGAAUAUGGAGCAAUUAUUUUCUGUUUGUGCUUUUCUAUGUCCAAUGUUUGCUGUAACGCAGAAUUGCUCUUAAUGCCUUACUCUUUGCCAUAUUGAAAUUUUUAUGUUUCCCUUAAACAGUUGGAAAUAAUACAAAAAUCAUGCAAAACUGAAUAAAAUAUGGAGAAAUGAUUUAUAGUGAAAGCAGGCAAUGGUUCCUGUAUACUUAAUUCUUCUUGGUGCACAUGUCUUCAGGCGUAGCUUACAGUUUUCAGGUUUCAUUUGUUUUGUGAAGAAAAUUUAUAAAAGAAAGAAAUAAUAAAAAGUUAUGCAUUGAAGACAAAUACUUAUGACCAGCUAGUCAGUGUGUUUGUAACAUUACUGGCAGGACUAAGUUCACAGCAGGUACAGAAUUGUACAUUAUACAUUUCUUCUUUGUACAGUGUGUAAAUAUCUACACAUUUUAAAAACUGAAAAACCUGCACCUACCUUUAGAGCUUGUAACAGAUUGUCUUUGAGCGCAACUUUUUUUUAUUGUUGCCAUCGGUAUAAAAAAAACCCAUUGAAUCUUACUUAUUGUGUGUCUGUUAAAUAAAAUCUCUAGUAUUUAAUGCCAGGUGUAUGUAAUUACUUGAUAUGUUCAGUGUUAUGUACCAUUCAGAUUAUAGCUUAGCAUCAUUAGUAUUAUUUAGAUUUAUGCUGUAUUGUAUUUCAAAUCACAUAGUGGAACUUGGAAUGGUUUUUGAAUGCAAAAAAGAAAAAAGUGUUAGGGAAAAAAAUAUAAACAGAAAUAUCCAUAACUAUAACAGAUUGAAGACAAGAAUAAGAAUCCCAUAUUUAUUAAUGAUAAAUACAUGACCUUUUUAUGGAAGGUUUUCUUGUUAAACAGGAAGUUUGAGAGGAAGAAGUCUCAUUAAUUAAUUUUUGAUAUUGGUGAAAUGAAAUACAAUGACUGAUGUGACCUAUGUAAACUGAAGACAAAACCCUGUUCCUAUCACUGCUGUCAUAUGAGUCUGUUGACAAGUGAAAAUUUUUGUGUAAAUGAUUUAAAUGUUGCUGGUUUUUAUUGUUGUAAUUGUUUUGUAAAUUUGUUUAUGUAGCAAUGUAUUUUAAUUAUUAAAAAUGAUGAAAAAAAUCUAUGAUAGAUGUGCAGAGCAACAAAGAGAUCCAUGUUUGGUGAUUAAUAUACUUCAGGAACUAUUUGAAUUAUUUGAUUUGACUUGGAUUUUUAUGAUUUCUAAAUCUGUAAAAAUUAAAAGUAAUAUUAAAAGAUUAAACUUGAGGAAAAUGACAAACGAUGAAAAUGUCAUUCAUGUGACAGUUGUUGUUGCUUUACACAUCAUCAUUAAGAGCUAAACUUGACAUUACUUUCUUUAAACUAAAAUAAGCUUUACAAGAAUUAAAGAAACUAAGUCUUUAGCUAAAAAAAAAAAGUAAAAUAUAAAAAAAUUUGCAUUAUGCCAAAUUUAAAAAAAAAAAAAGAAAAAUUAAACUAAAUAUUCUACAAAACAAAUGUAUGGAAAAAAAAAAAAAUAACAAUAUUAAUAAACAAAAAAAAGCUUUAAAAAAAUUAAAAAAAAUAAAUCUUUAGCAAAAAAAAAAAAGUAAAAUAUAAAAAAAUUUGCAUUAUGCCAAAUUUAAAAAAAAAAAAAGAAAAAUUGAACUAAAUAUUCUACAUAACAAAUGUAUGGAAAAAAAAAAAAUCACCAUAUUAUCAGCACCAUUUUGUCCCCAGUCGUUUCCCUUGAAUGCUGAUCAAUAAUGAUUACAUACUGUUUUAACAUUUCAGCUUUCUUGUUUGAUUUAUUAGCAAGAAUCCUAUACUUUGGUUUCUCUAUUCUAAAUCACAUGUGUCUUGUGUAUGUUGUAUACUUGACAGAACUAUCCACAACCCGCAGACCUGUAUGUGUUUGUUCUCUCAAUCAUAUGUGCAACAUACAAAUGACAACUAUCCACAACUGCAGACCUGUAUUUGUUUGUUCUCUGAAUGAUGUGUGCAACAUACAAAUGACAACUAUCCACAACUGCAGACCUGUAUUUGUUUGUUCUCUGAAUGAUGUGUGCAGCAUACUAAUGUGAUUUUAAUUUUUUUUUUUUUUUAUGUUGCUGUAACCCUGCAGAAUCUGCCCAAUGACAUUAGCACCCUCUCAGUUCAUUGACAUUAGCACCCUCUCAGUUCAUUGACAUUAGCACCCUCUCAGUUCAUUGACAUUAGCACCCUCUCAGUUCAUUGACAUUAGCACCCUAUCGGCUCAUUUAAGGCAUUGGCAUUCUCUUACCGUUUAUUAAUUCAGGGUCACUGAACAAUUGGACCUAAGAUGCAAUGUUUGAUACAUUUUGGAAAGUCUGUUUCAUUUCCCAUUUCUGAUAUGCUGAAACCUGUUUAAAAGUAAAAUUUUUUUGGGGAAAAUGUGAACAUAAGAAAACUGAAAUGUUAGUGUGAUUACAUUUUAAAGAUGUUUACAUUUUUUUAAAAAAUAUUAAAAUGCGUUGUGUACCAAUGGCCUCUCAUUGGUUGAUUUGUACUGCUGCAAGCUGUGUGGUGAUCCUUCAAAUGAAAUGUUUUGAAAUAUUUUUUUGUUCAGAAUAUUCCAGUGCUGUAGAGCCAUUUUCCCCCAAUAAAUGUUGUUUGUUGAUAUGACAGAGUCAUAACCAUUUGUGGAUAAAUGCCAUCGGUUACAGUUUUCUCUCCAUGUGGAUAAAUAUGACUUAUUGGGACUCUGAGAAAUGUUUGUUCCCCACUCUACAGAUUAAAUAUAUUUAUAUAUAGUAUAUAUGUACUGUAGAAUUCGCACUAUUAAAUAUUAAUACUGUAAAUUUAUGGAGAGGAAAUGAAUGGUUAUUGAUAGGGCGUAGGUUAAACACCACCUAUGGUGUGUAUCAUUAGUUAAUUAUUGCCAUGAUCCUACACUGAUGACAGGCUGUGGCCUGAUUGAAUAAUCCAUUCAUUGAUAAAUGGGAAAUGAUGAAGCUGAAAUUAAAUUUUUGGUGCUGUGUUGAGAUUUUAAUAUUUUAUUAAUUAAAAAAAAAAUCUAUGCCACUCAUAUAUCAUUGAUUUUCAACAAGAUAUCAAUGUGUGUGGGGUGUUGUAGGGCUACACUGUGUGUGGGGUAUUGUAGGGCUACACUGUGUGUGGGGUAUUGUAGAGCUACACUGUGUGUGGGGUAUUGUAGGGCUACACUGUGUGUGGGGUGUUGUAGGGCUGCAAGGCAUUAAUUGGAUAUUCGACAAACUUGAGAUGGUCAUCUUAAAUAUGCUUUGAAGAUGAUGAUAACCUCACAAAGAUAUCAAUAGUGAUGUUAUUGGAUAACCAUUUCAGCAUUUUCUAGCUGGUUCUAUUAAUUAUUUAGGUAAAAAAAAACUUAAGACUAGACUGAAAUAUUAAUUAGUUGAAUUACAAGAUAUAAAUUGAUACAAUCUUUGAUCAGGUGUUGAUGUUGUUUGAUAUUUUUACAGAUUGAAACUUUCAAAUAGCAGAACUGAAGUUGUGAGACUUAGGAUGAGUUGGUCUGUGUUUUAACUGUACAGCAAUACCUGCCGUACAUUUAUAUUUCCCUGUUGAUGUAUUUAUACAGGGUCUGAUGUAUCUCAUACCCCUGAUUGGUGACGACAUUUUUUUUUCUGUGGAUAUAAGGAAUCUUUCUCAAAAACUGCUUCCAAGCAGGCUCUAUUCCAUGGCAUUUUAAUAUGCUAAAUCUAGUGUUUGUAUUGUGCUAUUUUUGUUUUAUUUCAUCUUGUUUAUCAAAGUCCUCGUUGAGUAGACAAUAGAUGCCGACAAAAAUGUUCGUCAUGUUGCGGAGACCUCACAAUAUGAAGAUAAGUGAAUAAAUUUUUGUUUAAAGUGGAUACGUGAAAUGAACCUAUCAUUAUAAGAAAGAAAGUUUGACAAUUUAAAUCUCAACUUUUCUCCAUGGCAUGAGAAGGAAAUUUUAGAAAUUGGAGUGUAUGAUCACAAGUAGAUUUCAGAAAGUACAUUUCAGAAAGAAAAAGGAAUCAAUAGAUAGCAAUUUUGUAUCAUAGUUGCUGAUAGAGACAUGUUUGAUACAUUUGCAGGAGCUGUACACCUGUGGUUGGGAAAAGUGGGUUGGACUGCAAUAAAGCUUUUCAGUAGACUAAGACACAAAAAAUGUUAUGUUGAGCAUUGAUUAUCAAUAGACUAUAUACAAAUUCAAACAUUUUGGCUAAUGCCUUCAUCAGUACAACAAAAAUCAAUUUAAUUAUAAAUUAAAUGCACAUAAUUAUGUUUAUCCUGUAGACCUUAAUAAAAAUGAAAGAAAAAGAAUGGGUAGAAGUCCCCAACGAGACCAUAAAUCUGUAAAACUUUGGGGAAGUUACAAUAUAUAAAUAUAAAGCAAACAGAAUGCAAUAGACAAGUACUGUUACAGCUAUGUCCAAUGUGGUAAGCAACUUGAAUUGUUUAGAAAUUGGACAAAGGUUUUGUUUAUGUGGUACAGAUAUUCUCUAAACCGGUCUUCAAGAUGAUGACCUGUCUUCCCUAUGUAAUAUUUUACACAUUUUUACAAAUUUAUUUUAUAAUUACAUUGUUUUUUGUUGUACUGAUGACGGCAUUUGCCUAAACAUUCAAAUUUUAUACUUUCUAAUCAUAAUCAAAGCUAAACAAAUGUUUUAUUUGUACAAAUUGUGUCAAAGUAAUCUGUUUGGGAAAAGUAUUUGAAAAAUUUAGGGCAAAAUCUGCUAAAUUUAGAAUUUUCCUGUCAAUUGUCAUAUCUUGCUUUUUUAUGUGAAAGGCUAUACAAUUUUAAACAUACCUUACCAAAUAAAAAAAGCUUCAUUAAAAAAGCAACAUUAUUUACUAAAGCUAGAAGUUCUCCUGUUGGGAAAUGAAAUGUUUACAAAUCAUAUGGUAAAAAUCCACAUAUUGCAAUCUGUACCUGUGCCAUUAGUCCUACUUUAAGAUAUACAAUUUAAUAUCUUAAUGAUUUAAAAGAGUAACAUAAGGUGAUGGAUAUUUCUCACACAAGAUUUUUUUCACAUUUUUCUUCAGAAUUUAUUUUGUUGUGUUGUAAACUGCUAUGCAUGGAAAGCUUCCAGUCUAUGGUAGCAGCUUACUUUGAUGCAUGAUUGAUCUCGUGUGAAAUCUGAUGGUCUUUAUGCAAAAUAUCAAAGCUUUGGCUACAAAGAUGUAGACUACUUAUAGAGGCUUGUUGAUAGAAAGACAAAUAAACAAACAUAAAUUGUUGCAUUC